AUGUGCAUGCCUCCUGGAGCUGUGUGCUUGGUCAAAAAGGAUGGCCUUCCCCCCAUAGAGGAGGACCAUUCUUCUGUCAAGGGUGACGAUGGCGGCACAGUGAAUAACAGCCAUCCUAAAGAGCUCGUUCCACUAGGCUUUGCAGAUCGUCCUUGGCUGGAGCUUCCUCUAUUGGCUAUUCUUCUUAUAACAUACCCCAUGGCCAGGGCAGGAAACACGGCCGUCAUUCUGGUGUCCAGGUUAGAUGCCCGUCUGCACAGCCCCAUGUAUGUCUUCCUCACCAACCUCUCCUUCCUGGACCCGUGCUACACCACAAGCAUCGUCCCUCAGAUGCUGUUUAACCUGGGAAGCACCAAGAAGACGAUCAGCCAUGUGGGGUGUGCAGCUCAGCUUUAUUUCUUCCACAUAACGGGGGGCACAGAAUGUCUGCUUCUGGCUAUUAUGUCUUUUGAUCGCUACCUGGCUAUCUGCAAGCCUCUACACUACACCCUCAUCAUGAACCCACGCAUCCGUAUCCUGCUGGCAUCCACUGUGUGGUUGACUGGUAUCAUGUAUGCUGUCCCAGAGGCCACUGCUACCUUGCAGUUACCACUGUGUGGACUCCAUACAUUGGACCACUUGCUGUGUGAGAUUCCUGUUCUGAUAAAGGCUGCCUGUGGAGAAAAGGCUGCUAAUGAGCUCACACUCUCUGUGGUGUGUAUUUUUAUGUUAGCUGUCCCGCUAGGCUCAAUUCUUGCUUCCUAUGCUUGCAUUGGACAUGCCGUAUUUAAAAUUAAGUCUUCUGAGGGAAGGAAAAAGGCCUUUGGAACAUGUUCUUCCCAUCUCAUUGUAGUGUUCUUCUUUUAUGGUCCAGCCAUUAGCAUGUACCUUCAGCCCCCCUCCUCCAUCUCAAGAGACCAGCCCAAAUUCAUGGCGCUCUUCUAUGGAGUAGUGACCCCUGCGCUGAACCCUUUUAUCUACACCUUGAGGAAUAAGGAUGUGAAGGGGGCAUUAGGCAACCUAGUCAGGGGCAUUUUUGCGUCGAAGUGACAGC